GCUGAUUUUGACUCUUGAACUUUUGAACUGCUGACUGUAGCAGCUUGAAACGUGCGUUCAGGCAUGACGGCAGAGUUGUUAAAGCGUGCAAAGGAUGCAGUAAAGGUGAUUGGCUCAGGUGGCCUGCUGUUUGUCUCGUACCUGACAGCUACUGGGGACGAGCGCUUCUAUGCCAAUCAGCUGAUGCCGGCUCUGCAGAGGAUUGUGGGAGCGGAGACGGCGCAUGUGCUGGCAGUUCGAUUCAUCGGGCUUGGACUUGUCCCACGAGGCAGGCACAAGGACUCUCCAUCACUGGAGGUUCGAGUUCUGGGGCAGUGGUUCCAGAAUCCUCUGGGGAUAGCAGCUGGCUUUGAUAAGCAUGCAGAGGCAGUGGACGGGCUAUUCCGGCUGGGCUUCGGUUUUGUGGAGGUGGGGAGUGUCACACCACAGCCCCAGGAAGGGAACCCCAAACCCAGAGUGUUCAGGCUUCCUGCGGAUCAGGCCAUCAUUAACAGGUAUGGUUUUAACAGCUGUGGCCAUGCAGUCGUCCGUGAGAGGCUGAAGGCAAGGCAAGAAUUGCAGUCUGAGUUGACGAAAGCUGGAAGGCCCCUGGGUGUUAACCUGGGUAAGAACAAGCUGUCCCGGGACGCAGCGUCUGAUUAUUCAGAGGGGGUGCGAGUGCUGGGCAUGCUGGCUGAUUACCUUGUCGUGAAUGUGAGCAGCCCCAACACCCCUGGACUGAGAGACCUGCAAGGCAAAGAGGAGCUGCGCCACCUGCUGGACAGGGACGUCUCUUUGCAGGUGCUAAAGGAGAGGGAUGCCCUGAAGUGUGAGCGAAAGCCACCGGUCCUCGUGAAGAUUGCCCCAGACCUCACCCCACAGGACAAGCAGGACAUAGCCGACAUUGUGACUGAGCUUGGGGUGGAUGGGCUAAUCGUCACCAACACCACAGUCUCGCGACCUUCAACCUUGCAGGACCCCCUCCGCGGAGAGACUGGGGGGCUGAGCGGGAGACCCUUAAGGGAGAUGUCCACACAGACUGUGCGGGAGAUGUACAGCCUCACUAAAGGGAAGAUUCCUAUUGUGGGAGUGGGGGGAGUGAGCAGCGGACAGGAUGCUCUUGAAAAGAUACGUGCCGGUGCCACCCUGGUCCAGCUGUACAGUGCUUUCACCUACCAAGGGCCGCCUAUCGUCGGCAAGAUCAAACGAGAACUCGAGCAGUUACUGGCGGAACAAGGAUUCACAAAUGUCAUUGAGGCUGUAGGAGCAGAUCACAGGACAACAGAUGGAAAAUUACAAGCACGGGUGUCAGCGAGAGAGCAGCUUCAUCUAGGAUCAGGAAUGCCAGUGCAAUCAGAAGCCACCACAGUCUAGCCUUUUUCAGUGAACGAAAAUGGACAUAGCCUUUUUUUUUUUUUUUUUAUUUGUUCAACAGCCUUAAAUAAAUGUAUAUGAUCAUGUUAAAGUCCAAAAUCGGUAGAAUAAACCAGCUAAUGUUAAGACAAAGAAUCAAAAUGGAUUAAAGUCAAGCUUUUCCUACUUGUGGUUAAGGACAGAAGUUUUACUGGUUGGUUAAUGUACAAUUUGACCUAUUUACCGAUAGAGAACAUAUUUGACACACUUUGAUAGAGGGCUCGCUUUUGGCAAGUGUUUCGGUUUCCAAGGCUAUACAGGUUACUGAUGUGUCUAGUGUAACAAUCAAAAGUGAUGCCCACCUUUUCCAUCGGCUGUAUUGAGCUACAAAUCAAAUAUAGGAAAACUAAUUAAGUUUGAAAACAUUUGUUUCAUGAAUUUCACUAUUGCCAAUCUGUCUGCUCGGGUAUUUCCACACGCAUCAUUUAUGUAUGUAACUAAAGAACUGUCUUGUACAUCCCCAACGAAGCUACUCCUAAGCCUUCGCU